GGCUUCCAGACACUUCUCGCGGGCAACCAUCGGACAGGCUCUCAAGACGGCGCCGGGAAUGACACGAGCUUCUCCAAUCCUGUCGGAAUUUCAGUCAGUGCUGACAGCCAGUAUGUCGUCAUCGCCGACUACUUGAACAGCUUGAUCCGCUUGCUCUUCGUGCCCCUACUGCAAGUGACAACAGUCGCCGGGACAUCCGGGUCAGGGUAUGAGGACGGAACCUGCGCCAUGGCAAAAUUUGAUGGGCCAAUCGAUGUAGUUUGGGGGAUCGACAAGAGCUUGGUCUUGAUCGCAGACUUCUGGAACAACCGCAUCAGGAGCCUCAACUUGUCUUCUUGCUCCGUAUCGACGAUCGCCGGCUCCGGGGCCUUCGGUCAGCUGGAUGGCUCCACCGCUGCCGCCACCUUUGCGGGCCCCUGUAGUCUCGCGCUGACGUCACAGGGGAGCAAGCUGCUCGUCGCUGAGUUCUCCGGGCACUCCGUCCGCAUGAUUGACCUGUCGAAGAACACAGUGACCACCCUCGCAGGCUCCGGCAUCGCUGGGCUUCAGGAUGGGGUGGGGUUGAUAGCGCAGUUUACCAACCCAUGGGAUCUGACGGUCUGGGAGGAGGAGGGAGCAGCUUUCGUCAUC